AUGAGUGAGAUCGAAGAAAUAGAUGUCUUGUUGGCAGAUGAUCUACCUGGUAACAGCAGAAAGAAAAAGCAGAAGCAGAGGAAUGAUAUUCGACUAAACUAUUCGUCUGAUUCUUCUGACAAUCUCGAGGAAGACGAAGAAGAGGUGGACAGUAAAGAACCAGCAGGGGACGAUCCCUCGAAGGAAAAUGAAAGCGAUGACAUGUUUGCUGAUGACAAUGAUGAUGAAGAGGAGGAGGAGGAAGAAAAUACCAAGCAUAAAAGUAAAAUACAAAAAACCAAACCCAUACGCCAUAAGAGCUCUGAUAUAAUGGACAUGCGUGAGUUUGAAAGGAAUGAAGGAAUCGAUGAUUACGAGCUAGAAAAUGAUAAUGAAAACGAACAAGAUGAAGAUGAAGAUGAAGAAGAUGUUGAAAAUGAAAAAAUAGAGUACUUCACCAAAGCAGAAGAGCUUGACUCGAUGCCAGAUUCUCUACAGACUCGCAAGUCGACAUGGAAACCAAAAAUAGAAGCAUUCAAUCUAAGAGAGGAAGCUGAUGAAGGACAUUUCGACUUGAAUGGAAAUUAUGUGAAGACUAAAGACGAAGAAGAAGAGGCAGCAGCUGUCAAUGAGGACCAUUGGAUACAUAAUACCAAGAAGUCGGAUAUUUUACGAGCUAAGGAAUCACAGCUUGCUAGAGAGAGGGCAACCAAAGAGAAGAGGAUAAAAAGGAACAGAACAGUUUUACCGACAACUGAAUUGCUACUGAAACUAAUAGAGAUGCUAGAGCCUGCAGAAAGUCCCCUUGAAGCACUAGCAAGACUAACCCCCCAAAAGUUGUCAAGGAAUCGUAAAAAGAAGCAACACCAAGAGGCUAACCCCAAUAAAGAAACAAUACUCUGCAUUACCGAAGUCUGUGACCAGUUGGUCAACGAUAAGACAAUAGAAAAUGUAUAUGAAAUGACUCGGGAAGAAUUCAUGAGAUUGUAUAAGACUGAGAGUGGAACUGAUUUCAAAGCAAGCCGUGCCAAGAGAUCAAGAGAAGAGCUCGAAAGUGACCAUGAAAAUGAGCUGGAACAAACAGAGCUGAAUAGCGACUAUGGAGAGAAAAUCUGGGAGUUUAGAUGGAUAGAGGCACCCGAUGAAAUCCUUGGACCCUACUCGGCAUAUGAAAUGAAAUACUGGAAGGCAAGUUACUUUGAAAACAAAGUAGAAGUGAAGAAAGUUGAUGAAGCAACUUUCAGGCAUGUAGAAAUCGAAGAUUUCGAAGAAUAA